AUGACCAGCGCAUCUCACCUUUUAUACCCUCAGCCGCUCUUCAUGAAAGACGUAACAGACGCGACCUCCUCGCUCCCUUCUUUGCGGCCUCUGAGGUCUGCAGGAAUUCUCGAACAAUAUGCCUACGUCCGCACGGAGCUGGGUUUCGACACUUGCAUCAUCGUCGCAGCACGAUACGAACGCAGUACCGGAAUCCCACUCGACAGGGACACGAUUUUCUCAGCCCUCGAGAAUGUGUUAAACCACCACACGGCGCUCACCUCUUGUCUCGUGAGCGUGAGCUUGGUUGACAGUGGCGCUCAGGCGCGCCCGCGCUCUUGGAUGCUCCUUCCGUCUAUCGAUUUAGAGGCCGCGGUGACUUUUUGCGGCGACGAUGCGGGUCCACUCGCAUCCGUCCUUGAGGCACAGCUUAGCCUACCCUUCGAUCUGGAUGCCCAGCGACCACUGUGGAGGAUCACCGUCUUUCGGGAUGGUACAGUCGUCUUCGCCUAUGACCAUUCGAUGGGAGAUGGACAGAGCGGCCUCGCAUUCCACCUGCAUCUCCUCGACGCGCUGCAGAUUGUCCCAGACAAACCGCCUCGUCACGAAGGGAGGAUUGUCGUAAACCCGACGAACGCACCACUCGCUCCGCUGCUCGAGGACCUCACCGCGCUGCCUGCGCCCUUCACCCGGGUCAUCCACGAAGUCUUCGACGCACUCAACCCGUUCUCACGGAGGAAACGUGCAUCGACCUGGACCGGGUACCCAGUCCCGAAAAACCCUAGCCUAAGAGUCCACGUCCGCAUCCUCCACCUAUCCCCUCAGGAAAGCGCGCGCAUCUUGCAGCGUUGUAGAGCCAAUCAUGCAACUAUUACAGGUGCCCUGUACACCAUCGCCGCCCACGUCCUCGCACACCUGCUCAAUCGCAGCGGCGCGCGACCGCGAUACAAGUCAAUAGACGUCGCCGUCGCGACUUCGCUGCGACGGUUCGUCGGCGUGUCUCCGGCUACCAUCUGUAACUGCGUCUCGGGCUACGCAGCCCUCCGCCAUCUCCCCGCGCAGCGCCCGUCCGCCUCCCCGCGUCUCUGCAGCUUUCCAUGGGAGCACGCGCAGGCCUUCUCAGCGACCCUCGCGCGCGAAGCCCCGCAGUCGCCCGCGCUCAUCGGCGUGCUCAGACGGAUCUUCGGGCAGGACUACGAGGGCUUCUUCCGCGGGCAGCUGGGGAAGAAGCGCGAGCACUCGCUCGAGAUUUCCAACUUAGGUCGCGUGCCCCCACCAUUCGCCGCGCAGCCCGCCACUAGACAGGAGAACGCCACCGAAUGGAAGAUUCGUGAGACCGUGUUCGCGCAGGCCAAUGGGGCGUUGGGCGCCGCGCUGAAGGUGAAUGUGACCGGGACACCUGAGGGCGGGCUUGGCCUCACCAUUACGUGGGGGGUGGGGGCGGUGGACGGCGAACUCGCUGAGGAGUUUGUCAUGGGACUCGCGGAGGGCCUGAAGGAGCUCGCGUGUGCCUAG